AUGCGGGCCGUGGGGUGCCUGCUGUUCGCCGCAGUGUUCGCGAGGUGCUCCGUGACGGGUCUGAGGGAGGGCUGGCAUCCCCCCACUGUGGAUCUCGUGCAGCCCAAGAGGCUCCUGCAGCAGAUCCACUCCCGGGACGAGCUGCUCCACGGCCGCCUGGACACCCGCAUCCACAACUCCUCGACGGGGGCCCAGCCCGUGCAUCUGGCCCAUAGCAGCUUCCUGGUGGAGGCCUUCGGCCGCUCGUUUAUCCUCGACCUGGAACUCAACCAUCACCUCCUGUCGACAGACUAUGUGGAAAGACACUUUGAAGAGGACGGGCAUCCGUCACAGAUUAAGGGAGGAGAGCACUGUUACUACCACGGACACGUGCGAGGGCUGCCACUAUCCUGGGUGGCUGUGUCCACCUGCCACGGCCUCUGGGGGAUGUUCUCCGACGGGAACGUCUCGUACGGGAUCCAACCUGCGGGCAGUGGCGUGGUGGACCACGUUGUGUAUCGAAUGCCUCACAUCGACCUCCUCCCGCCUUCGUCAUGCAGCGUGAACGGCACCCGGCCUGAAGCACAGUUGGGCGGCGGGGCCAAAGGAGACGGGAAGAGGCGGGAUGGAGACGACUGGUCUGCGCAGAAGGCCAAGGAGAGGCUCCCCAACAGCUUGAGACGAUCAAAAAGACAAGUGCGUCAGGGUCAACGCACAGUGCAGACAGAGACCAAAUACAUCGAGCUGAUGGUCGUAAAUGACUACGAACUGUUUGCCCAACAGCGCCGGUUGACCUCUCAGACGAAGAACUUUGCCAAAGCGGUGGUGAACAUGGCAGACGCGAUCUACAAGGAGCAGCUCAACACGCGCAUCGUCCUGGUCGCCAUGGAAACCUGGUCAUCGGACAACCGCAUCUCCGUGGGCGACGACGCGCUGCUCACCCUGCGCGACUUCAUGAAGUACCGGAAGGCGAACAUCCGCGAGCGCUGCGACGCCGUGCACCUCCUCUCCGGUAGGACGUUCAUGAGCAGCCGCAGCGAGGCCGCCUACAUCGGCGGAGUCUGCUCGCUUAACAGGGGCGGCGGCAUCAAUGAGUAUGGCGCCGUUGGUCCGGUGGCCAUCACGCUGUGCCAGAGCCUGGGCCAGAACAUCGGAAUGCUGAGGAAAAAGGACAGACCCGCUGCAGGAGACUGCAGGUGUCCCGACCCGUGGUUGGGGUGCAUCAUGGAGGACACCGGCUACUACCUGCCCAGGAAGUUCUCUCGCUGCAGUAUCGACGAAUAUCUUCGUUUCCUGCAGCUGGGCGGUGGCAGCUGCUUGUUCAACAAGCCCAGCAAGCUGCUGGACCCGCCCGAGUGCGGCAACGGCUACGCGGAGCUGGGAGAGGAGUGCGACUGCGGCACACUCGUGGAGUGCGCCCGCAGCGGAGCCAACUGCUGCAAGAAGUGCACGCUUACCCACAAUGCAAUGUGCAGCAACGGCCUCUGCUGCAGGGACUGCAAGUAUGAGCUGAGAGGCGUGACGUGUCGAGAGGCCGUCAAUGACUGUGACGUUCCGGAAACCUGCGCGGGGGACUCCAGCCAGUGUCCUCACAACGUCCACAAACUGGACGGCUACACGUGUGAGGCCGGCCAGGGUCGCUGCUACGGAGGCCGCUGCAAGACCAGAGACGGCCAGUGCAGGAGCCUGUGGGGCCACAACUCCGCUGACAGGUUCUGCUAUGAAAAGCUCAAUUCCGAGGGCACGGAGAAAGGAAACUGUGGCCCCGAGCCCGGCGGCCAGGGAUGGAUGCAUUGUAACAAGCAGGAUGUUCUGUGUGGUCUGCUGCUGUGCACCAACGUGAGUGACAAGCCGAGCUUUGGCGAGCUGCAGGGUAAACUCACCAGUCUGACCGUCUAUCAUCACAACAGAUACCUGGACUGCAGGGGUGGUCACGCAGUGCUGGACGACGGCUUGGACCUGGGCUACGUGGAGGACGGAACGCCGUGCGGGCCCAACAUGAUGUGCCUGGAACGCCGCUGCCUCCCGGUCACCACCUUCAACCUCAGCAUGUGCCCCGGCUCGUCUAUCGCGCGCAUCUGCUCCCAUCACGGCACGUGCAGCAACGAGGUGAAGUGUAUCUGCGAUCCGGACUACACCGGGAAGGACUGCAGCGUGUUUGACCCCAUUCCCAUUCCAACGCCGCCGGAGGGCCCCGAGAAGUACAAAGGUCCGAGCGGUACCAACAUCAUAAUUGGCUCGGUGGCCGGCGCCAUCCUGCUAGGGGCCAUCGUCCUGGGAGGCACCGGAUGGGGAUUCAAAAACAUCCGGAGAGGAAGGUACGACCCUGCCUUUGAGUCCUGAACUUCCAAAUAACUCAAUAUUCCAG